CGAGCUGCACACAGUUGAAUUUUGCCAAUCAAAGUAUUCCCAGCUCCGACAAAAGAUGUCUGCCAACAAGUGUUACAUGCUGCUGCUCCUGGCCUGCUGCCUGGCUGCGCUCGCUGUUGCCGAUGUACUUCCGGGUACUCCAGCUGACAGGCUUAUACGACGCCAGCGAUCGCCGCAGCCGCAGCACGGCUCUGUGGUUGUGACAGCUGGCAAGGAUGAGGCGGGACGUCAGGCGGGCGUUCAGUAUAAUCAUAAUCUCUUUACUAGUCGCGAUGGGCGUGGCAGCAUAGAUGCCUACGCAAAUGCCAAUCGGAAUUUUGAUCACAACCGCAACAAUUACGGCGGAGGCAUUCAGGGCAACUGGCGUUUCUAAUUAACAGACUAUAUGCGUAUUCGAUUCACAGCAAUAAAGUGUAAAUAGAUAUAAAGAA